UAAUCAUUUCUUCGACUCCUUGUUGAAAUCGAUGGACUGAAUUGCAGAAACUGAUUGAAGCAAGAAACGAUGUGAUGAGGAGGGUUAAUAUUCUGAACAGCAACAAAUGAAACGGACGGAUCAAGUGCAAGGCUGGCUUCAAGGGUGCAAGAUUUGGAAGCUGGAGCUGGGUGAAGUACCAGAAAUUAGAUCUCAAGAAAUUGAGAAAUUAUGUUGUGGAGGCUACUGUUCUAAGAAUUGCAAUUCAAGCUACAAAUUUGGGAAGAAAGUAGCUAAAAAGCUGAGACUUGUUUGUACUUUAAAGGGUGAAGGUGCUUUUGAAGUAGUGGCGGAGAGGCCCCUAGAAUCAGUGGUGGAGGAAAGGCCUAGUGAGCCUACAAUGGGUUUGCAAUUAAUAUUUGAUGAAGCUUGGAGAUGUAUUGAGGAAGAACAAGUGGGAACGGUUGGUCUCUAUGGCAUGGGGGGAGUUGGAAAAACUACCCUCUUAAUCCAAAUUAACAAUAAGCUUCUUGAUUUUUCAAAUAGUUAUGACACUGUGAUUUGGGUAGUGGUGUCUAGAGAUUUGCAACUGGAGAAGAUUCAAGAAAGGAUCGGCCAAAAGAUAGGCUUAGUUGGAGAGUCAUGGAAGAAUAAAAGUAUUGAUGAGAAAGCAUCAGACAUCUUUAAGAUUUUGCGCAAAAAGAAGUUUAUUGUUUUAUUAGAUGAUAUAUGGGAGAGGGUUGAUUUGAUCAAAGUGGGUAUCCCUCUUCGUAGUGUGGAAGUUGGAUGUAAAAUAGUCUUCACUACUCGUUUUCUUGAUGUUUGUGGACUCAUGGAAGCUGAUAGGAAGUUUAAAGUGGAAUGUUUAGGAGAAGAGGAAGCUUGGAAAUUGUUUGAGAAAAAGAUUGGGAGAGAAAUUCUUGAUAGUCAUCCUGAUAUUUUGGAGUUAGCUAAACUUUUGGCCAAAGAGUGUGGCGGUUUACCACUUGCACUCAUUACAAUUGGUAGAGCCAUGUCUUGCAAGAAGACACCUGAAGAAUGUAGAUAUGCAAUUCAAGUGUUAAGGAGAGCUUCUUCUAAAUUUCCAGGUAUGGAGAAAGAGGUGUAUCCCCUUCUAAAGUUUAGUUAUGAUAGUUUGCCUGAUGACAAGAUUAGAUCAUGUCUUUUAUAUUGUAGUUUAUUUCCAGAAGACUUUAGUAUUAUUAAAACAAAAUUGAUAGAUUAUUGGUUUUGUGAGAACUUUUUGGAUGUAUAUGAUCCAAGUGAAGUAUACAGCCAUGGUUACUACAUUAUUGGUGUUCUUGUUCAUGCCUGUUUAUUGGAAGAAGAAGAAGAAGAAAGAGGAGAUUAUUUUGUAAAAAUGCAUGAUGUGAUUCGUGAUAUGACUUUGUGGAUAGCAUGUGACAUUAAGGAGGAGCAGCAAAAGUUUUUAGUUCAGGUGGGUGUUGGAUUAACUAAAGCACCAAAGAUCAAAGAAUGGGAAGAAUUGAAAAGGAUAUCCCUGAUGGAAAACAAAAUUGAGGAAUUAUCAGUGACGCCCACUUGUCCUGAUCUCUUGACUUUGUUUCUUAAUGGUAAUAACCUAAAGAUGAUUAGUAGUAGCUUUUUCCAAUCCAUGUCUUCCCUCAAAGUCUUAAACUUAUCUUAUAAUAAUUUUCUAUUACAAUUACCAUCUGGGAUUUCAAAUUUGGUAUCACUGCAGCAUCUUGAUCUGUCAUGGUCCACAAUAAUUGAGUUACCAAUGGAGUUAAAAGCUUUGGUAAAUCUUAAAUGUUUAAGCCUGGAGUAUACAUACAAGCUCUGUACAAUUCCAAGUCAACUGAUAUCCAAUUUUUCAGAAUUAUAUAUACUGAGAAUGAUUGGUUGUGGUUAUAAUCAAGAAGUGGUAGAAAAUAGUGUUCUGUUUGGUGGUGGAGAAGAUUUGGUGAAGGAAUUGCUUGGUUUGGAAUCUUUAUGUGUGCUGAGUAUUACCUUAAAAAGCUGUCAUGCUCUCCAUACAUUUCUGAACUCCCACAAGUUUCAGAAUUAUACUCAUGGUCUAACGCUUCGACGCCUUGACGAUUCUAAGAUGCUCAAUGUUUUGUCUUUAGCAGAUCUCAAGCAUCUUCGCAGACUGGAAAUUGAAAAUUGUGAAAAUUUGGAAGAGUUGAAGAUGGAGCAUGUAAAGGUAGUAGUGCAAAAAACAAGAGAACCUAACAAUUUCUGCAGCCUUAACAGAGUUCAAAUAGUUUGUUGCUCUAGAAUAAGAGACUUGACAUGGCUUGUUUUUGUUCCAAACCUCAAGUAUCUUUUUGUAUCUCAUUGUAAUGAGAUUAAAGAAAUAAUAAGUGAAAGAAAAUUGAUUGAAGAAUUUCCAGAAUUGAUGGAAAAUCUAAACCUUUUCGCAAAACUUCACUUUAUAAACAUACGGCAUCUACCAAAUUUGAAGAGCAUUUAUUGGAAUGCCUUGCCCUUUCCACAUCUUAAUCAAUUUUAUGUACGUGUAUGCCCCGAGCUUAAGAAGCUUCCACUUGAUGCCAACAGUGCAAAGGGACAGAAAAUUGUUAUUAGUGGAAAUGAAAACUGGUGGAAAGGGCUGGAAUGGGAGAGCGAGGCCACUCGAAGUGCUUUUCUUCCUUGUUUCCAACCUUACUAACGGGAUGUAGAUUUUUGAGCCUGUUUCAAAAAUGGUUUCUGCCUUUAUGUUUGUGUGUGUCAUAUUCUUGGAUGCAUGUGGCUGGUGUCAGGGAGCUGGUUAGUUGCUUGAAAAAUUUUCUCUUGUGAUCAAGAUUCAAAGUUCCAUGGAGUUCCUGAUAUUCUUUUCAAAAACAUGAGUCUUCCUGCUCCAUCCUGCAAUUGUUUCCGUCCACUCUUUGUACCCAAUUCAGGAAGACUCAUGAUAGAAGUUGCUGGAAGAAACUCAGUGGCCAAACCCUGUCUCCUCCAAAACAAGGCUGCGGAAAGAUUGGUCAGUACUUUACCAGUCUCUACAGCUUCAAAUUCAUGAAUGAUUAACUCUCAUCUGCCUCUCCAUUGCUCAGCAGAAUACAGCAGUGGCAUCUGAGAAGAAGUAGAAGAAACCAACAAGGGAAAUGAAAGAGCAAAAGCUAGUCACAGAUCACGCCGCCGAUGUGCUUGGUAACUCAGUAGCCUAGCCACUGCCUUCCCUAAAUUGAGUCACUCUGAGGUUGAUCUGAAUCAGGAGUAAUGAGUAGAUUGCCUGUUAUUUGAUUAUCUCUAUUUUUCAUUUCCUCUGUCCCUGCAGUCUUCUCUGCUUUUUUACCUGAGAAGGCCAUAAUCUUGUCAAGAAGCCAAUAUGUAAGAAUAAGUUGGUUGUAUUUAAGUCCUCUGUUUCAGAAUUAACAUUUUGGAUAACAUGGCCUUUUGUUUGUUAAUUUUGAACUCCUUUUGGGUCUGUGUGAUACCAUUGCAGUUGCAUUUUAAAAAUCCAAUGUAAUGUUUCUUUCCUCUACCAAA